AAUGAUGGUCCCCUCCACUGCCAUAUCCUAUCUUUCCUUCCUUUCGAGCGUAUCGUUGCUACCAGUGUUUUAGCUAAACGUUGGAGGUUUGUAUGGAAUUCAGUUCCUAUUCUGAAAAUUACACAUGGGUUAUCUUCUGAUCCAGCCAAAGACAGCGAUUUACAUAUCAAGCAGUUUGUGAAUUUCAUGGAUAGAAUGUUCAUUCUUCGUGAUUUGUCAACUAUAAAGUACUUUUCUCUCCUUACUUACAUUGAAGAUGAAUAUAAUAUUAAUUCGUGGAUAUCCUCUGUUACAAAACGUAAAGUAGAAGAAAUAGAUCUGGUGUUGUUGACAAAUUCGGAUGUAUAUUCACCCUUUCUAAUUCCCUCAAGUCUUUUUACUUGUGAGUCACUGAUUAAGUUAAGUAUUGGAGUGCGGGUUGUUCUCAAUCUUCCUAAAUAUGUGCAUUUUCCUAAACUCAAGCUCCUUUUGCUUCACUCUGUCAGAAUUAAGGAUGAGUACUUCAUGGAGCAACUUUUGUCAAAUUGUCCAGUUCUUGAAGACUUAAGCCUAGAUUCAUGCACAUGGGACGGCAUUGAUGAUUUAUGUGUUUCUUCUCCUACGUUAAAGCGUUUAUGCAUUACUGAGUCUCCCUGUGGCGAGAUUAAUAUUAAUGCACCGGGUUUAGAGUACUUGAGUUAUACCCGUUUUCUUGUAAAGAAACAUGUUCUGUGUAGCUUUCCGGUGCUGGUUAAUGCACAAAUUCAUCCUGCAGCUGGAAAUUCUGAAAGUAAUAGUCCAGAACAAGCUUCUAAUUCAAUUAAGCUUCUUGGUGAGCUUUUCAAUGUGAAGCAUCUGAGAGUUCAUGAUAGACUGUUUAAGGCAGUAGCUCUUACGGAUGAUCAUUUCUUACUGAAGCUGCCUACGUUUCAUAAUUUGAGCUACUUGGUAGUCAUUUGGAGUUAUCCUUCUUCAAUUGACAGAGCACUAUUGCGGUUGCUCCAAAUCUCACCUAAGCUGGAAUCACUUGUCUUCCAUAAUGGAAAUGAUUAUCAAUCCAACAAGGAUGACAGCUGGAAGCUAAAUAUUGUGCCAGAGGGUCCGAAUAUUGUGUCUGGGUUGGAGCAUCUCAAGGUGCUUGAAUUCCUGGAAUUUUGUGGAGACCCAUGGGAGAUGUAUGUGGUAGAACUAUUUUUGAAAAAUGCAAGAUUUUUGCAAAGGUUAAUCGUCAAAACUUCUUAUAGGAGUACUUUGUUAAGAAGAAACAGAUUGCGAAUUACUACAGAAUUACUAAUGCUUCCAAGAGGUUCAUCCAGUUGCGUAAUUAAAUUCUCUUAAAACAUCUUCAACUAAGAUUACGUCUAUUCCUUGGAUUUUUGGGGUAUCUACUGAUUCCAUCUAGAGUUCUGGAUAUGCUUUUAGGAUUCUUUGGCUUUGUCGACGACAUGUGUUUAUGGCAGUGAUUGGCUACCACCAAGGAAUUUCGAACUGGUGACUACUUUUAAACUAUUGGUGUCUGCAUCAGCCAUGAAUUUACUUGGAAGUUAAAUUUCGUACUAGUAUAAAGCCUGUUGAACUAGUAGUUUUACAGUUUAAUGCUUAUGUUGUCGUGCUUUACCCUUAAUUUUCACAAACAUGCAACUUUUUGGAUUCAAUCUAGCGCAUGUAUAAUAUAUGUUUCUUA